AUCACUAUUUGGAGACAUACGUGCUUUGCUCAUGUCCUCCUCUUUUAAAGCGCUUUUUAACAUGAAAUCCUCCUCUCACAGCCUCGCGGAAAUUCAGCGACAGAUAGAUGAAGUCAGGCGGUUUCUCUCCGUUACUCUAAACAUCGCUAACGCUCACACGGUGGAGUUUUACACCCACGACGUGUGGAAACGGUUCAUGGCCGUGAAGCCAGAGGAGGUGCUGUCAGCCGUGAGUUCCCGUAGCGACCAGCAGAGGGAGCCACAGCACAAAGGACCCGAGCCGUCCGGGAACACAUUCGGGUUUUGCAGUGAUACAAACCGGCUGGUGGAUACUCAUGAACUUCUGCAGGCGGCCAAGUCCCGCUCUCUCCCUGGCCUUGGAGUCUGCAUGAGCCGGGAUGAGCUGCUGCAGGAGCUCAGAGGGAACGGGUCCGAGUCUGGCGCCCCACCAGCGGAGUCGGGUGCUGAGUUGGAGCCAGAUGAGUUCAUGAACUCUAAGAAGUCCCAUGAAGUCCAGUCCAUGUCGGAGGUGGUGGCCAGUUUGGCCCAGCAAUGUGGAGUCAAACAGGUGAUAGAUGUGGGCUCAGGGAAAGGCUACCUGAGCUCCUUCCUGUCUCUUCAGUACGGCCUUCGGGUCUAUGGCAUCGACUCCUCCAGCACCAACACCCAUGGAGCUCAGGAGAGGAACAGGAAGCUAAAGAAGUUCUCCAAGGCGUACCAGAAACACACCAAAGCUGCAAGGGCGCAAGGAAAGAGCACGCAACCCUCUCAGGAGGAGUUAGUAGAACUAAAACCUGGAAUUAAUGGAGAUGAAGAUGUUUUACGUGUUGAUGGAGCAGGAUCACAGGAGGAGAAGGAGGAGGAGGAGGUGUCAGUCAGCGCGUCGGCUGAACGGCAUUCGGAGCAAAAUCCAGAGGAGCUCUUCCUCAGCGCCCUAUCGGAGGAUGUGAUACAGCCCACGUCCCCCAGGGUCCCUCCAGGUCAGCUCAGCGCUGAGGAGAGGGAGCGGAGGAAGAGGGAGAACCUGGAGAGGAAGGCUCAGAACAGAACCGACGGCGCCCUGUACUCGCCGCUCACGUCUUACGUCACCGCCGAAACCGAGCUGCGAGAGCUCAUCUGCGAGUUGGAGGAUGCGGUCAUGGUCGGCCUGCACACGUGUGGCGACCUGGCUCCCAGCACCCUCAGGAUGUUCGUGGCUAAACCGGAGCUGUCGGCAGUGUGCAGCGUGGGCUGCUGCUACCACCUGCUGUCUGAGGAGUUUGACCCCACCGGACAGGAGUGUUUGCACGGUGUGUGUGGUUUUCCUCUGAGCCAGUACCUCCGCGAGCAGUCCUGGUUCUGCGGCAGAAAUGCCAGGAUGUCGGCGUGCUUGGCACUGGAGAGAGUUUCACUGGGCCAAGGGAUUCAGAUGGAGUCUCUGUUCUACCGUGCAGUCCUUCAUGUUAUUCUGAGGGACCACUACAGCUCAUAUAAAAGUGAAAAGAGAGUUGGAAAUGUCUAUUCCAAGGCGAAAUCUUUUGUGGACUACGUUCGCCGAGCCCUACGCAGACUGGAGCUGGACGAAUCAAAGCUUUCAGACCGUGAAAUCCAGGACUACCAUGACGUAUACAGUGCGCGAAUGAGCGAGAUGCAUGCUUUUAACAUGUUGAAGGUGACACUUGCACCCUGCAUUGAAGGUCUGAUUCUCCUUGAUCGCCUCUGCUACCUGAAAGAACAGGAGGAUGUAUCAUUCUCUGCUCUGGUGCAACUGUUUGACCCCCUGCUGUCGCCAAGAUGUUACGCCGUUGUCGGUCUCAAGAGUUGUGGAAAGAGGACCACAAGCUGAACAACUUGCGUACAUGACUGGAAUACACUGAUUUAGGAAUUAUGCUUUAAAAGUUAUCGCCUGCCUGUUUUAAUCAUAUGUAUGAUUUUAUUUCUAUUUCAGCAACAUCAGGUUCCUAGCUUUGACUUUGUCUCUAUUGUGAGUUUUUUUUUCCAUGAAGUCAUUAAAAAGUCAAGUGCUCAAAACACCUGGAAAACAGGUCCAGCUGUUUGAUUGAUUUACACCAACUGUAGACUUUUGUCUUUAAGUUUGAGUGACUCUUGAGAAAACACUUGUUUUUAAGGACCAUUCAGGGAGCCAGGGGCAUUGUGGGAAUUUGGGAGGCUCUGAUCCCCUCGACAGGUCUGCGAAGCCCAUUCUGAGGCUUCCUAACCAGGAAGUAUGGGAAACGAUAGGCUGGGCAAGAGGCGCCCUUGACUUCUUUUUUAAUGUUUACUUCUGUUAUGCUUUGUUCUUGGUCAUUUAAUAAAUCAUGUUCUUCUUA